AUGGCAGCUUUUCGGGGUAAAGUCAUCGCCGUGACUGGCGCCGCGACGGGCAUUGGACGAGCUACGGCACGUCUUCUCGCCAGGCGCGGGGCCACACUUUCGCUGUGCGACAUCAACAAAAGCCAGCUACAGCAAACGGUGGAGUCGUUUGGUGGGAGGCCUGACGACCACAUGGUCACCGAGGUGGACGUUUCCAAGUCCAACCAGGUCAACUCAUGGAUCAGAUCCACGGUCGAGAGGUUCGGCAAGCUUGACGGAGCGGCCAACAUUGCGGGGGUGGGUCCGCGCAUCAAAGAGCUUCGCGACUUGACCGACGCGGACUGGAACUUGGUCCAGUCCGUCAACGCAGCAGGCGUGUUCUAUUCCAUGCGUGCCCAGCUGCCGCACAUGAAGCAGGACAGCUCCAUUGUCAACUGUGCCUCCGUGGCCGGCCUGGGUGGUUCAGCCGGCUCGGCGGAAUACACGGCCAGCAAGCACGCGGUUGUCGGCAUCACGAAAGUAGCAGCACGGGAGGAGGGCAAGAACGGAAUCCGAGUGAAUGCGGUGGCGCCUGGAGCCAUCGACACGCCGCUGGUGAAGGAAAUGGAGAAGAAGUUCAACCUGCCGAAGGAAGAGUUCCCUCUCAAAGGCGCGAUUCAGGAGCGCUUCGCCGACCCGGAGGAGUGUGCAGAAGUUAUCUUGUUUUUGUUGAGCGAAAAGACAAAGUUUGUAACGGGCAGCAUAUGGACUGUCGACGGUGGAUGGACUACCUCAUGAGACAGCACUGAGAUUGACCUUGCGACCGUGUCUAGUUCUCUCGCUCGAAAAUCGUAAAUAAGCUCCACGCAUGUCUAACAAGAGCGACACGGACAAAUUGUAGGAAUACAGGUAGCGACGGGACCGUCUUGACCGCUCCCUUUUUGCUAGCUUAACUCGAAG